AUGUGCUUAGCUCUAUUUUUUUGCAGGAAAAACAUUCGUCGAUUGGAAUGGCUAGUUCUGCAGGCCCCGGUGGUCCGUGCUGUGAUUAUUGUAAGCGAUAUAAUUGCCGUAGCCGAGAUGAGGGACGCAGCGAAAUUGUUCCUGCGUUACUCAGAAAUCUGCUCUGUUGGCUCUCUCCUUCUUGCUAUAUUUGGAGUGCAUACAUUAGCACGUGUCACAUCGAAUAAACUCUCAGACUAUUGUUUCAUGACGAUAUUUCGAUUUGUGGAUGUUUCGUUGCUAUUCUUCUCUGCUCAGCAACCUAUUAUCUUUCAAAAUAUUCUUCUUCGUUUUGAUCUUAUCAAAUGUGGACCUCUGCUUACCGCUCAGGAAAACGCCUUCUUUGUGUGCAACUUCGUCACCAUUUGCGAGAUGUUCGUCCUCUGUCUACUGGCUACCCUUCUACUUGCCCCACGUCGCAAUGCGAUGUUUGACACCUACCGCUUGCUGGAGACGCCGUCAUCCUUGCGUGGUACGGAUGAAGCUGAUCUAACAGACCAUGAAGCCAUCGAUUUUGAAGCAAAUCAUAUCUAA